AUGGAUGAUGGGGAGGAACCCAUACCAGAGCCCACAGAACCGCCCACAGAACCGCCCACAGAACCGCCCACAGAACCACCCACAGAACCGCCCACAGAACCACCCACAGAACCGCCCACAGAACCACCCACAGAACCGCCCACAGAACUGCCCACAGAACCACCCACAGCACGGCUCUCAGAACCGUCCUCGGCACCACCCUCAGCACCACCCUCAGCACCACCCUCAGCACCACCCUCUGCACCACCCUCUGCACCACCCUCUGCACCAUCCUCACCACAGCCCACACCACCGCCCACACCGCCCAAAUCACCUUCCAUGUCACCGCUCACAGGACAACCUUCCAGCUCCUCCAACAGGUUGGAAGUUGCUUCCCCAGAGUCUUCUUUCCUCUCUGCUCUCUCUGAACUGGAAUUCACUGAACAGGAAUUAAGUUUCGAAGCCAAGAGAAAAGAAACUUUAAGGCCGAAACAUGAGGAAUACAAGAGAGCAGCGGAUGGAACUAUCAUGUACAUCAGAGGUAUAGAUGGAAAAACGGAAGUAAAGAGCAGAAGAAGAAGGAGGCGCCGAGAUUCAUCAGAAGAAUCAUCAGAAUCAUCACAUAGAGGAAUAUGUUCUUGGCCUCCAGGAGGGAUCUGUGCUCUAACAAUAACAAAUGUUGUCAUGUUAGUUCUUAUAUGGGUAGUACUUUGGUCAGUUACUGGUGAUGAAUGUCUUCCUGGUGGAAGGCUAUUUGGAAUAUUAGCCCUGUUUUAUUCUGCCAUCAUUGGGGGUGAAAUUAUGAAACAUUUCCAGCUACCUUCUCUUCUUGGGAUGCUGCUUGCUGGGUUUGUCCUUAGAAAUGUCCCUGUCCCACUCAUCCAGGACACAGUCCAGAUCAAGGACACGUGGACCACAACUCUGAGAAGAAUAGCCCUUGUUAUUAUUUUGAUUCGAGCUGGGCUGGGACUUGAUUCAAAGGAUCUGAAAGAGAACACGUUUGUGUUCCUACGAUUAGCCUUGAUCCCCUGCCUUGUGGAGGCAUUUUCAUCUGCUGCAGUUGCCCAUUACUUAAUGGAUUUACCGUGGCAAUGGGGACUUAUCAUUGGUUUUGCUCUAGGUGCUGUCUCCCCAGCAGUUGUGGUGCCCAUAAUGAUUGCCUUUCAAGAAGAAGGCCAUGGUGUUAAAAAAGGUGUCCCAACUUUGCUCAUGGCUGCUUGUAGCUUUGAUGAUAUUAUAUCCAUCACUGGCCUCAAUAUAUGUUUAGGCAUAGCCUUCCCUACAGAUCUCCCACUUAAUAUUGCCCUCAAAGCACUUGUGGAAGUGGUAGUUGGUGUGGCAGCUGGACUUUUUCUUGGAAUUUUGACUCGAUAUUUUCCCAGUAGGAGACAGAGAGGCCGGCGGUGGAAGAGAGCGUAUCUCCUUUUGGCUGUGGGCAUUUUUGCUGUCUUCAAUAGCCCGCUUUUCGGUUUUCCUGUAUCAGGAGGGGUGUGUGUGCUGAUCAUGACUAUUAUCUCUGGCUUUGGAUGGGAGGUUGAAAAGGAAGAUGUUGAGGAGAUAUUCACAGUCGCAUGGAAUGUUUUUGAACCCCUUGUUUUUGGAUUGAUUGGAGCAGCAGUACCUAUUACAUAUCUUAGACCAAAAGCUAUUGAGCUUUGUUUAGCCACCUUGGGCUCUGCUGUGUUGAUAAGGAUGUUUACCACAUUCUUGAUGAUGUUCUUUGCUGGUUUUAACUUAAAGGAAAAAAUAUUCAUUACUUUUGCCUGGAUUCCUAAAGCCACAGUCCAGGCUGCCAUAGGACCUGUGGCUUUGGACACAGCAAGAGUACAUGAGGAUGAACAACUGGAAGAGUAUGGAGUGAUUAUACUAACAAUUGCAUUCUUGGCGAUUCUGAUCACAGCUCCAAUUGGAAGUCUGCUCAUGAACAAUCUGGGCCCCAGACUGCUGAAGGAACCUGAAGAGAUUGAUAAUAAAGCUGCAGAUGCAAUAUUAAUAUAG